CAUCAUAUGUCAGAAAUCCUAAUUAAUGUUAGAUGUCAGGACUAAAUUCUGAGUUUUAUGUGAUGCGAUUUUGAACAGGAGUUUUAUAUAAUUAUAACUUCUCAUGCUACAAUUCAUAAACAGUUACGAAGGUAGUAGUAGACAUGUCGGUGCAACUGGUUGAUUCGAGUGGUAAAGAUGAUCUGAAAACUCAGUUUAUCACUCGUGAAGGCGAAUAUAGAUUGAUGACGCUAUCCGAAUACUCUCGACCAAAUCGUGUUGGAUAUCAGAAUAAUCAAAGUAAUCCACAAGUGAGACUCUCUUUGGUGACUCUGCCUUCUUAUGUGCCCCAGCAGACUCAAGGGCCCGUAAACAGGGAGGACGGAGACGCUAAUGCUUCAACCAUAGUGUCUGGAAAUCCGGCUAUGACGCAAUCUAUAAACGGCCUGGAGCAAACGCAACACAACAGUGGGCUCUCGCAAAUUUGCUCCACACCUAUCGGAGGUGAUCGAAUAUGCUUUAAUUAUGGAAAGGAGCUCUAUGUUUAUGCAUAUCGUGGCGUAAAAAAGGCUUCUGAUUUAAAUAAACCAAUCGACAAAAAGCUCUACAAAGGUACCAAUCCAAGCUGUCACGAUUUUAAUGCAACUACAUCUACAUACGAAGGAGCACCUCUUCUGGUAGGCUUCAGCACGGGUCAAAUUCAGUUGGUUUAUCCUGGCAGAAGAGAGCAAGGAAAGUUAUACAACGAAGAGAGAUUAAUUGAUAAGACAAAAGUUACCUGCCUAAAAUGGAUUCCAGGAUCAGAAAAUCAGUUCCUGGCGUCCCAUGCGAGUGGGUGUUUGUACAUGUAUAACGAAGAACUAUCAUGUACAUCAAUAACUCCCAGUUAUCAGCCAUACAAAUGCGGCGAAGGUUACAUUGUGCUAUCGUGUAAAUCCAAAUGCACACGUAAUCCGUUGUACAAAUGGUGCUUUGGACAGCAAGAGAAUUGCGUGAACGAAUUUUGUUUCUCGCCUUGUGGUCAGCAUUUGGCGAUUGUCUCUCAAGAUGGUUUUCUUAGAGUCUUCCAUUACAGUAACAUGGAGUUGAUAGGGAUAGCACGAUCUUACUUUGGAGGUUUUCUUUGUGUUUGUUGGAGUCCCGACGGUAAAUAUGUGGUUGUUGGGGGAGAGGAUGAUCUGGUAACCGUAUAUUCAGUACACGAGCAACGAGUAGUUGCCAGAGGACAAGGCCAUCGAUCCUGGGUAUCGGUAGUUGCUUUUGAUCCAUUUACGACUACCUAUUCGAAUUGGGAAAGUGGAGUUGUUUCAGAAGACGAAAAUGCCAUCAAUGACAAAUACAACAAUUUGGUUGGGCCAAGCAAUCAAAUCAAUAUUGAAACUACUGCUACCGCGGUACGGCGUCCUCUUGGUACGAUUCGGAGCAGCCCAUCGACGUCGGAUAAACUUGCCACUAGCUACAGGCUAGGCUCAGUUAGCCAGGAUACUCAACUUUGUUUGUGGGACCUCACAGAGGACGUACUGCGGCAGUCCCUCGGGCACGUAAAUCACAAUCUUAAUUCAGCAGAAGCUACAUUUUAUAACACUAAAUGCGAAUUUUCAAGUAGUGCAAUUAUUAAUAAUAUUGGAUUUCAAACGUCACCCCACAAGGAUAAGAAAUCAAAAGCUAACGCAGUUUAUCCAAACGACAAUGAUACUAUGGAUAAUUCGAGCUGUAUUAUUAAAAAUGUUACUCUAACGAGUAACAGUCUAAGUACUACUAUAAAUUGUGAUGAUAGUAUUAAUAGCAACAACAGUAGCGAUAAGGAAUCUACCAAUAGUGACAGUAACCACACGAGGAAUAGCUUCACUAAACGUAAUAGUGUGACGAACCAUGCUGGCAUUACCGGUUCUUCUGUCAGAAUUGAAGAUGAUAAUAGUAGCGAUAAAAUCGCAAAAUAUGACGUGAACCACCCCCUACAUAGUUCGACACUUAAUUCGUUCACGCAGCGAAUAUCCAAUUUCAGCUUUGGCAACAGUGGCAGCAACAGUAGCAAUAUCAGUGAUAAAAGUGAAAAGAGUGAGAAAUCCGGUAAAAGCAGUACUAGAAAAAGAAAUAUCAUAUCGCUUACUGGUAAAUUAUAUAAUAGUAAUAAUUCACAUAACUGCUCAAACAACAAUCACCUUCACCAUAAUGCAUUGGGCAAUAGCAACCUUACCAACAUCAUCGUCGACCAAACUGUUUCAACGUCAUCGAGCAAUGGUGGCGUCGGAGGCGGUUUAGUUUCUAAUACCAUUACUUCAAUAAUGACAUCGUCGCUGACCAAGAACAUGCGGUCAGAUGGAACGGGAGCAGGUAGCAGUGGUAAUAGUAUCAUUUCCUCUUACGACCCCAUGAAACUCAUUGGUACCCCCGCGUGUCCGCGAUUCGAUGACUGUCCAGUAUUGGAGCCGUUGGUGUGCAAGAAGAUUGCUCACGAAAGAUUAACGGCGUUAAUUUUUCGGAAGGAUUGUUUUCUCACCGCCUGUCAGGAUGGAUUUGUUUAUACUUGGGCCAGACCUGGAUACAUAAAUCUACCACCGCAUUUACCUCCAAGUCCAACGGCGCCCUCUGCUGGUGCGGUAGUAUAAAAAUCUGCGGUUGAUGCAAUUUUAUCGUACACAUAUUUUAUUGCCUUUCAAAUUCGUUAAAAAUAUUUUAAGUGUUUUAUCAUUUCAUACGUACAGGUAAGUUCUAUUAUUUCAUACGUACAGGUUGGAACAUAUGACAAAAGUUUUCAUGUUGAACUAGAACGCAAUGUAUGCAAGCAAAACUAGCACGCAAUGCAAGCUAAGUUUAACUAAUAUAUAUCACAUUGAAAAGGUAAAAUACCGCAGAAGAGUUUGGCUGUAACAUGCAUAUUUCUAUCAUUGCAAUACUUCAUUCAUAUAAUUAAAUAAUAAUAUUUUAUUGAACGCACGAACAUUCGGAGCUGGAUCCAUUUUAUGCUUUAAAUUCAGUGUAAGAGAAAAACAGAAACUCAAAAAUCUUUAUUGCACCAAAGACUAAUAAAUUCGGCCCGAAUAAUAAAUGUUUAUGGAAAAGUGGAAUGUAGUUCAACAUAUUUGUUUUCCUUAACAUCAAUAUAUAUUAAUAAAAUAGCGAACAGCUGUGUUAUUAGGAUUAUUGAAUUAAACUAUUUCGUAUUUUUUCUAGAAUCUUAGUUGAGUCGGCAAGGAAAAACAAGCAUAAUUUUGAAGGAUUGCCAAAAUAACAACUCAAAUAAGGGAAAAUAGCUAAAAAGUAAGAAAAAUUAAAAUGAAAUAAAUUAUAAUUAUGUUCAAGAAGUAAAAUUUA